AUAUAGAAAACAAUUAUUCUUCAUGGUAUCGGAGCCUCUUUCCUAAACCCUAAAUUUUUUCGUGCGCAGCUCUCCGUCGCACCAAACCCUAGCGCCGCCUGCCUUCUCCAGCGCCGGCGUCUCUCUCGUCUCCAAGACGUCUCCCAGCAGCGCCACCACCAGUCAUCUCUCGAGUCUCUGCAGCGGCGUUCUUCUCCAAAGCACCAGCCGCCAUCAUGUCCGAGAAGGCAGCCACCCCCGACAAGCCCACCUCCUCCGUCUCUACUCCUCACUUGGCAUUCACCACCAUCUCCAAUGUGAAGCUUCACGUUCCAAUCCUGUUGAGCUUUACGGAACCGAACUACAAAAAGUGGAGUCGUCUUUUUCUCCUAUUGGUUCGUCGCUUCUCCCUUGGGGACUUCCUCACCGGGAAAUCAGUCCCGUCUAGUGCCGACGACACCGAUUGGCAUCAACUUGAUGCACUUCUCCAAGGGUGGAUCGUUUCUACGAUCAACGACGAAGUCUCCGAUCUCGUGAUCUCCUCCACCAACUCGGCCGCGGAACUUUGGCAAUCCAUUCACUCUCUUUUCCAUGACAACAAACCCGCCCGAGCCAUGCAGUUGGAACAUCAAUUCCGGACGACGAAGAAAGGCUCUCUGUCCAUCUCGGUCUAUAGUCAAACCCUCAAGAAUAUCGCCGAUUGGUUGGACGACGUAGAUGCCCUCGUCUCGGAACAACAACUGGUGUUACAAGUCCUUCGAGGGCUGCCGGAUGACAUGCGGGGUCAGACGUCCUUCUUGCAGUUUCAAACACUGCCUCCGACGUUCCUUCAGACCCGAUCAGCCCUCCUCCUCUUGGAGCGUCAAAAAUCAGAAUUGGAGGACGACUCCUCCACUGGCACGGCUCUUCUCUCGUCCGGCAGCUCUGGCGCCCCCUAUCACAGCCUCGCUGGCGGAGGCCGCGGGCAUCACAGCAGCAGCAGCGGCGGCCAGGGACAGCAGCACCAUAGCGGCGGCGGCGGCCGUGGCCGUGGCGGUCACCGCAACCGCGGUCGAGACAUGCUCAACUGCAAGCCCAUCUCCACUCCUGUUGAUACAAAGGCAAAACUUGGGGCUUCAUCUGGCACACCACUUUCAGAUCCCACCUUAUACAGUCCAAACAGAUGCAACCUCUGCAGCCUGGAUGAGCCAUGGACAUUGUUCUGGAUACGUGCACUUCGCCAGCCAAUAAUUGCGACGCUUUGAAGAAGUCUGAUAGUGUCUAUGCUCUGCAAUAUUGCGUAGCGCCACUGCAAAUUGAAGGCUUUUGAAAUCACUGUACCGAUAUCCAAUCUGAAUUUCAGGGAUACGGAACGUUGGUUGUAGUGAGACUUCUUCAACGUGCCUAGGGAUCGGAAAUUCUGG